GCGCCUUCUCUCGCGCCAGAGUCCUCUUCGCGCUCUUUCUUUGUCAUUUUCCUGCUUUCGAAGCUGAAUUCUGAUGGAAUAUUCUCGUUUAUAGUUGAAAAUAUGUCGGCAAAAUGGGAAACCGAAGAAUUACAGAAGUCGAAGGAAAGGGAGUUUCAAAGGACAUUUCAGUGACUGUGAAUCAAGCUUUUAACUGAUUGAUUAUCUUGGUGGUGUAUAGGUCGUCUACUAGGAAUAAAACAGCAUUUUGUUUUUUACUGGGUCAAAAAAUACUGCUCAGGUUUCCACACUCAAGGAAUAUGCUGAAAUAUCUUACAGCCAAUCCAAAUUAAAAAUUUCUUGUUAAUACCGAGUGGAAUAUAUAUCAUUGGAGAUGGAUACGAUGAAGGAACGAGUUUUGGCCCCCGGUAAGGAACGAUUGAGGAAUCUGGCCGGGAAAACCCUGGGACACUUGCACAGGGUGAUGGAGAAGAAGCAGAAACCGGGUGAGGUGAUCGAGCUGACGGAGGAAGGGAGGCCCGCGCCGCUGCAGCAGAAGAAAGCGCCGCUGUGCGACUGCACGUGCUUCGGGCUCCCGCGCCGCUAUAUCAUCGCCAUCAUGAGCGGCCUCGGCUUCUGCAUCUCGUUCGGGAUCCGCUGCAACCUCGGAGUCGCGAUCGUCGACAUGGUCAAUAACAGCACCAUUCACCGGGACGGCAAGAUCAUCAUCAAAGAGAAAGCGAAGUUUAACUGGGAUCCGGAGACAGUGGGAAUGAUCCACGGCUCGUUUUUCUGGGGCUAUAUAGUGACACAGAUCCCUGGAGGAUAUAUAUCCUCACGACUCGCUGCCAACAGGGUGUUUGGUGCUGCUAUCCUGCUCACGUCGACUCUCAAUAUGUUCAUCCCCUCUGCUGCACGUGCGCACUACGGCUGUGUCAUCUUCGUCAGGAUACUGCAGGGCCUCGUCGAAGGUGUGACCUACCCAGCAUGCCAUGGGAUUUGGAGCAAGUGGGCUCCGCCCCUCGAGAGAAGUCGUUUAGCCACCACCUCUUUUUGUGGUUCAUACGCGGGUGCUGUGGUGGCCAUGCCGUUGGCUGGAAUAUUAGUGCAGUACUCAGGCUGGUCUUCUGUCUUCUAUAUAUAUGGCAGUUUUGGGAUUGUCUGGUACAUGUUUUGGAUUCUGGUUUCAUAUGAGAGCCCAGCAGAUCAUCCCACUAUUACAGAUGAAGAGAGGACUUACAUAGAGGAGAGUAUUGGAGAAAGUGCCAAUCUACUGGGGCCGAGUGAGAAAUUCAAGACGCCCUGGAGGAAGUUCUUCACCUCCAUGCCAGUCUAUGCAAUCAUCGUGGCCAACUUCUGCAGGAGCUGGACCUUCUAUCUGCUGCUCAUCAGUCAGCCAGCGUACUUUGAAGAAGUGUUUGGCUUUGAAAUCAGUAAGGUCGGUAUGGUCUCUGCUCUGCCUCACCUUGUCAUGACCAUCAUAGUGCCAAUCGGCGGUCAACUGGCUGACUUCCUGCGCAGCAAAAACAUCUUAUCCACCACCAACGUCAGGAAAAUCAUGAACUGUGGAGGGUUUGGAAUGGAGGCCACUCUGCUGUUAGUGGUUGGUUUCUCUCACAGUAAAGGUGUGGCCAUCUCGUUUCUGGUGCUAGCUGUUGGUUUUAGCGGUUUUGCUAUAUCAGGUUUUAAUGUCAACCACUUGGACAUCGCGCCGAGGUACGCCAGCAUACUGAUGGGUAUUUCUAAUGGAGUGGGCACUCUCUCUGGUAUGGUCUGCCCUCUCAUUGUAGGUGCCAUGACCAAAAACAAGACUCGUGAGGAAUGGCAGAACGUGUUCCUGAUCGCCUCGCUGGUGCAUUACGGCGGCGUUAUCUUCUACGGGAUUUUUGCGUCCGGCGAGAAGCAGCCGUGGGCCGAUCCGGAGGAGACCAGCGAGGAGAAGUGCGGCUUCAUCGAUGAAGACGAGUUAGCGGAGGAGACGGGUGACAUCACGUUGAGCCAUGCUCCUUUCGGGGGCCAGGCCGCUUUUGGGGGCCCCGCCAAAACAUAUGGGGCCACGACGCAGCUGAACGGGGGAUGGGCCAAAGGCUGGGAGAAAACCGAGGAAUACAUCCAGGAGGAUGCCGAGCAGACGUAUACAGGAGAUGGGUACUCCUAGAUCUUUAUUCGCAAUGAGUCAAAGCAAAUCUUUAAAAAAAAAUCAAAGCAAAAAGAGAUAUGAGUGAUUAUAGACACUGUACUUAACACGCAUAGCUACAGAAGUCAGAGAUGUUUUUGAAAAGAGUCUUUAUCCAAUCUGAAGUGAAUAGAGAAGAUAUUUAAAAGGAAUUAAGUAUUCAGAGAUAUUGAUCAGAAUAUACUGGUAAUUAUAUGAAAAGGUCAUAUUUAGGAUUAUAUAAAGAAUAUAUAUGGCUAUGUAAAUGUUUCCUUUAAAAAUACAGAUAUGUUGAGUUUAUGACAUUUAAUCAACUGACAAUAUUUAAUAGCACAGACAUCUGUAAUCAAAGCACAGGUCUUGGCUGUUUUUUUGCAGGUUUAGACUAGUUUUGUGUCUUCUACUGUAACUUUAGCAGAUGUUUAGUUUAAUCGGUCAGGACCAAUUAGAGUAGAGUAGGAUAGUUUAGAUCAAUGUCGUUUUGUUCAGAAGAAACAAGUGUUUCACUCUGGUUUACAGAGCUCUUGCCAUUGAACUUACAGAAAAUAUGCAAAAUUUGGGUUAUUUAACUAUAUUAUAUAACUUAAAACUAACAAAGAAUGCUGUUUAUCAUUAUGUACGUGUACUAUAUUACACAUUAUAAACUAGUCCCUUUAUUUGGGACAUAAACCUAGAAGGUAGAGCAAAAUAGACAUUUACUGUUUGAUGCAGAAAGAAUCUAAAAUAGCACAAAUUUGCAAAACAUACCUGCUAUAUCUGAAUGAUGAUGUGUAUUAAAAUAAGUGUGAAAUAUAUUGAUAAACCUUUAAAUGUUGAAACAUCCUAAAGUACACUUGAGAACUUUUUAAAGUGCAAUCUUGUCCAAGUUUUGUUCAGCUAUAGUUACAUCAACAAUACAUUCAAGUGUGUGCUUGGCAAUACGGUCCUGUAUUUUAAGUGGUAUUAAGCUGGUCUUCAUUUUAAAUGUUCUGUUUUAAUCAACAUAUAAUGACAAACCGGUCAUUUUCUAAGAUACUUUGAAUGCACUGACAUGUUGUUAUUUGGGAAAACAAGUUAUUUCUAUCUUAAGUAUGUGUUUUGACAUGGAUUUACUGUUUCUGUGAGACUGUUGUGGAUCUGGGUCAGUGAUAUCUGUGCUUACUGUUCUUACUGGGCCAUAUUUAUCAUAGAAGCUGGCAUUAAAAUGUGAGGCUGGCCAUUUGGGAUGUAUAUUGUGAUGCCAUUGAGAUCAUUCCAUGCGUAUGGUCAAAUCCUGAUCAUCUGAUGUAUUUAAGUGUUGCCAUGCAAAGCUGAUGUAAUAUGUUGAGUGAAUUUCACAAAAUCUGUCAGGAUGUGCAGGUUCCAUCCCACCUAAAAAUCUAAUUUUAUAUAAAAUUAAGCCUGCGUUUAGGACCAUUUAAUUUGUUUUAUUAUUUAUUACUUUUUAAAAGCAUUCAUUACAAUUACCCCCCCCCCCCCCCCAAAUAAAAAUAAAUAAAUAAAUAAACAGUAAAAAUAAAAUAACAAAAUAAAAUUAAUAAAUAAAUACUAUCAGUGUUGUCAAUAUAAUAAUAAUAAUAAUAAUAAUAAUAAUAAUGGUCCAAAAGCUUGAUUUUCUUUUGAAAAUUGUGCAUGUUUUUGUGAGAUUCACUCUAAUUCUUCACUCAUGACACAAACCAGUGUGUUGUGUUUAGUCAACCAGCAGUAAUCUAAGAUGAUGUGUCAAAGUCUUAAAAAAUAAAUAAAAAUAAAUAAAAAUAAAAAAUAAAAAACACCUGUUAAGAACAUGUACUGCAAUAAUUUACUGAUGACAUCAGCAAUCUUGUUAUAUUCAACAUCUAAUUCAUUCAAGAAAUCUGAAUUGUGUUUACGGAGUCAUUCGAAUGGUUGCGAAAGUCUUACCGAAGCAUCAGAAUCAGCUUAUGUUUGUUCUGGUCAGAAAAUUAAAGGCCAUUUUCAAAGUUUGGAAUCUGAGCCAUGCUUUAAUUUGUUCUGAAACUCAGCUAGAUGUUUUCUAGAUUUGUGUAUUUUGUGAUGAAUUGAUCACAAACCUAAAGCUCUGUUCAUGGCCUCUUGCCUGAGACUGAAGUGCACAAGUGAUUGUUAUAUUCUAUUGUUGUGUCAAAUAGAGCGAUUUGUUGAUGUCAAAAAGUGUUAAACUGUAUGAAUUGCUCACUAAGUGUGAUUUUAUAUACAAUUAUUCAAAUCAAGACAUUAUGAUGUCUUUCCUUUGAUUUUUGCGACUGGUGGACCAAAAUUUAAAGGCAAUUUUCUGGUUUUGAAAAGAUAAGAGUUGAUGUUCUUUAUAGAGUGUGAUGAUUAUUUUUGCAUGAUAUAGUCAUUAAAAUCAU